AUGCUGAUAGCUAAGAAAAUGGUCCGAGGAAAUUCCACCUUGGUGACUGAGUUUGUUCUCUUGGGAUUAACAGACCGUCCAGAGCUUCAGCUCAUCAUCUUUGUGCUGUUCCUGGUGAUCUACUUGAUCACCGUGGGGGGGAACCUUGGGAUGUUGGUAUUGAUCAGGAUAGACUCACGCCUCCACACUCCCAUGUACUUCUUUCUUGCCAGUUUGUCCUGCUUGGAUUUGUGUUAUUCCACUAAUGUGACUCCCAAGAUGUUGGUGAACUUAUUAUCUGAGAAGAAAACUAUUUCCUAUGCUGCCUGUUUAGUCCAGUGUUAUUUUUUCAUUGCCAUGGUGAUUACUGAAUAUUACAUGCUAGCUGUAAUGGCUUAUGAUAGGUACAUGGCCAUCUGUAACCCUUUGCUUUACAGCAGCAAGAUGUCCAGAGAGGUCUGUAUUCGCCUGAUUGUUGGCCCAUAUGUCUACGGCUUCCUCAGCGGCCUGAUGGAAACCAUGUGGACGUACCGCUUGACCUUCUGUGGCUCCAACAUUAUCAAUCACUUCUAUUGUGCUGACCCACCCCUCAUCCAGCUGUCUUGUUCUGACACUUUCAUUAAAGAGAUGUCCAUGUUUGUGGUAGCAGGAUUUAACCUCUCCAUCUCCCUCCUCAUAAUCCUCAUCUCCUACAUCUUCAUUCUCUUUGCUAUCCUGAGGAUGCGUUCCGCUGAAGGCAGGCACAAAGCUUUUUCUACCUGUGGGUCCCAUCUGGUGGCAGUGACUGUGUUUUAUGGGACACUCUUCUGCAUGUAUGUUAGACCUCCCACGGACAAGUCAGUGGAGCAGUCUAAAAUUAUUGCUGUUUUCUACACUUUUAUAAGCCCUAUGUUGAACCCCAUCAUUUAUAGUCUGAGGAACAAGAAUGUGAAACAAGCUUUUUGGAAAUUGAUGAGAAGAGAUAUACUUUUGAAAUAA